UAACCUCAGAGCUGUUGUGAACAAUGGCGACGUUUCGACGAAAGUGACAUUCUGACGAACAAAUGUGUUUUUACACUUUAACGUUAAUCUUCUUUUGUAGAUAUUAAUUACGCUCGUUAGCUGGUAAACCGGCGGGGAUACGUGUUUUAGAAUGGCUUUGAACGCAAACGCGUUGUCCAGUGACAUAAGCCGAAGAAAUCCACAGGAUGAGUACGAGCUCAUUCAGAGGAUAGGCAGCGGAACGUACGGAGAUGUUUACAAGGCCAAAAGACUUUCCAUGAAUGACCUCGCUGCAAUUAAGGUUAUCAAGUUGGAACCAGGGGAUGAUUUUGCAAUAAUUCAACAAGAAAUUUUAAUGAUGAAAGAUUGCAGACAUCCUAACAUUAUUGCCUAUUAUGGAAGUUACUUGAGAAGGGAUAAAUUAUGGAUUUGUAUGGAAUAUUGUGGAGGUGGUUCCUUGCAGGAUAUAUAUCAUAUAACUGGACCAUUAUCAGAAAUACAAAUAGCAUACAUGUGUCGAGAAACUCUUUUGGGAUUGGCUUAUUUGCAUAGCAUGGGAAAAAUGCAUCGUGAUAUUAAAGGUGCCAAUAUAUUACUGACUGAAGCUGGUGAUGUCAAACUAGCUGACUUUGGUGUGUCAGCACAAAUUACCGCAACUAUUAACAAAAGAAAAAGCUUUAUUGGCACUCCCUAUUGGAUGGCACCUGAGGUUGCAGCUGUAGAAAGGAAGGGUGGUUAUAAUCAACUUUGUGAUAUUUGGGCUUGUGGUAUUACUGCAAUAGAAUUAGCUGAAUUGCAACCACCUAUGUUUGAUUUACAUCCAAUGAGAGCUCUUUUUCUCAUGUCCAAAUCUGGCUUUAAACCACCUACGUUAAAGGAUCGUGACAAAUGGAGUCCAACAUUCCAUAAUUUCGUGAAAGUUGCUCUAACUAAAAAUCCCAAAAAACGACCGACCGCCGAAAAAUUACUGCAGCACGCAUUUUUUCAAGGAGAAAUGAGUAAACGUUUAGCUCUAGAAUUGUUGCAGAAAGUAUCGAAUCCUAGUCAUAUGUUCACCGAUUUAGAAGCAGAUGAAGAUGGAGCUGUACCUAAUGUUCCACAAAGGAUAGCAUCGCGUCACACCGCGAGACCUAGACCAAAAAGUCCUAUACCGCAAUUAGACACUGAUGACCAAAUUAAUCUUGAUGGAACGUUACAAAGAGACGCGAUUUCUCCUUCUGUGGAUGCUACCCCAUCUUGGGAUAUCAUGGAUAUUAUGAAUAACGUCAAGUCUGUUCAUAACUGUGAUGUUCAUCCGGAUUGCGGUAUCGGAUCAGCGUUUGAAGACGUACAGGAAAAUACUGUUGCCGCUAACGUUACAACAGAUACAACAGAUAGUAAAGAAUCGCAUCAAGGCAAUACAGACACAGAGAUAUUUCAUAUGAGUUUAAGGAGUCUAUUGCAGUACAUUGAUGAGGAGUUGUUGCUAAGGGGGAAUGCAAUGUCGAUGGUUGGUGGGCAUUGCGACCAGCUAUAUUCCCUGCAAGCUACCCUUCCUCUUGGAGAGUCAUCAAAUGAUUGUGAAGUGCAUUGUCCAUAUUAUAAUAUGUCAGGAUCGCAAGCAAGUCCCAGACGCCACAGCUCUGUGGAUGAAUUGUAUGGUCUGGUGAACAGUGCUCAGUCCUUAGCUGCUGUCAAUGGACAACGUCAACGAUCCCUUUCUGACAGUGGUCCUAGAGAAGAAUCUCUCCAAUCAAAUGGUCAAAAUGAAAUGCCAGAUGAAGGAGACAGAGAAAGUAUGAGCCCAGAUUUAUUAUCUGAUACUCCUCCUGUUCCUCCAAGAAGAAGGGACAGAAAACGCCAUACACCUCCUAGACCGAUCAGCAAUGGACUGCCACCAACACCCAAGGUUCAUAUGGGUGCAUGUUUCUCGAAAGUAUUUAAUGGAUGUCCGUUAAGAAUACAUUGUACCGCAAGCUGGAUUCAUCCGGAUACGAGAGAUCAACAUUUAUUAAUCGCGGCAGAGGAGGGGAUUUAUAAUUUAAAUUUAAAUGAACUUCAUGAAACUGCAAUAGAUCAAUUGUAUCCCAGACGUACGAUUUGGAUGUAUGUCAUUAAAGAUGUUCUCAUGUCUUUAUCGGGAAAAACUCCGCAAUUGUAUAGACACGAUUUAUUAGCGAUGCAAAGCAAACAGACUCACAGGUUUUCACUGCAUAUGAACAAAAUAUCUGAGAGAUUGGUACCUAGGAAGUUUGCCCUAACUACUAAGGUACCAGACACAAAAGGCUGUACCAAGUGUUGUGUAGGAAGAAAUCCAUAUAACGGGUAUAAAUAUUUAUGUGGUGCAAUGCCGACCGGAAUAUUUUUAAUGCAAUGGUACGAUCCUCUUAAUAAGUUUAUGCUGUUAAAGCAUUUCGAGUGUACACUACCGACGCCGUUAAACGUAUUUGAAAUUAUAAUUACACCCGAAAUGGAAUACCCGAUGGUGUGCGUGUCUGUGAAACAACCAUAUCAGCAAAAUAAAUUGAAGUUGGAUUUAAUUAAUAUGAACUCGGGGGCAAGUUGGUUUCACAGUGAUGAAUUAGAGGAUAUGGAUGGUUCUGCCACUGUGAUACCAAGAAGGGAAAACCUUCAUGUUAUUAAUGUUACACAGCUAGAGAAAAACGCAAUAUUAGUUUGUUAUGAUAAUGUAGUGAAAGUGGUAACGCUACAAGGAAAACCUAGGUCGAGCAGGAAGCACAUGUCAGAGUUACACUUUAACUUUCAAAUUGAAUCCAUUAUUUGCUUACCUGAUAGUGUACUAGCAUUCCACAAACAUGGCAUGCAAGGUAGAAGUUUCAAGAAUGGCGAAGUUACGCAAGAAAUCAGUGAUCCGAGUAGGACGUACAGACUACUUGGGUCGGAUAAAGUUGUGAUGCUGGAGAGCCAUUUGGUUCAAUCAGGUACACUGACUGAAUCUGAAGGCGCGGAUUUGUAUAUACUUGCUGGACACGAAGCCAGUUACUAAAUUAUCUUCCAACUAUAAAUGUGCAGACAUAUAAUGUGUAUCGCAAGUGACUUGUGAUUCCCACUGACUACGUGUAAAGUAAAAUGUGACUCAGAGGCAGUGGUCGAUGUUGGUAAGAGAAUUGUUAAUUAUCCUGUUUUAAAGUGCAUAUGGAUAAGAUCAAUGUACAUUAAUGUACACACAUACAAACACGUCAUUCGUCACUGUUGUCCAUAUAGUCAUUGCUGCAUAGACUGGUUAUUUGCCGAGAGAAAAAAAGAAACUUUUUAACGAAGACGUAUUUAGAAUUAGUGGUCUUCGAGGUCUGAAUAAAGAUCACGAUGGAACAGAUUAUUAGAAAGAAGCACGAUAUAUUUAAAGUAAUAUGUAAAUUUGCCCUUAUGCCUGGCAAAAUAAAGCUUAUACCAAUCGGAAUUUCUCCCAAGAAACAUAUGUGCGAUCGCGAAAUUGAAUAUUCGCGAUCGACUUUUCUCGACAUUCGUUAUUAUAGUAAAUGUCUAGUAAAUGAUAGACACGAAACUUGAUUUUAAGCAAUUUUUUCCAUUUUUUUAAUUCAUCUUCUUACAUUCAUGAAUCUUGAACAAUGCGAAUCGCGCAUAUAUAACGAUAUUUACUUGUAGAUACACGGAUACUUAUAUUUUUAGAAUAAUUUUUAGAUAAUAUAAAAGAUCUUCACAAUAUUGGAAAUAAAUUAAUUGUAUAAUCGUAAACAUCUCGUCUAAACUUUGUACGAGCCAUAGAAGAUAUUUGCCAAAGGUAGUUUAAGUAGAUUAAUAUAUUCGAACAAGUAAAACAGAAAGCAACAAAGACAACGAUUUAAAUACAAAUUAAUUAUCGUGUAUAAAAGUAUAUCUAUUAAACGUCAGUCCCAAAUAUAUAUUUUUCUUGCAUGAAUAGAGGAAAAAAGAAAAAAGGACAAAAUAUAAAAUUGAAACCCAUAUAUUCGAUACAAUAUAAUGUCCUGUUCUUUUGUAUAAGUUUUACUUUGGUAGGCAUCGGGCCUUUGCAUCAAAGUUAUUUUAAUAAGACAUUGCGUUCAUCAGUGUCUCUAAUUUUGGAUGAUUGUACUAUGAAUAUACAGUAGAAAUUGCAAAUAGUUUAUGAUGGGGCAAUCAUAAAUUAUUUAUUUUAAGAAGUAUAUAUGAAAAUGGUCUUAAUGAUUAAUUCAUUUGAAACAAUCAUUUUUAGUAGGUAUCAUAAACGAUUUAAAAUGUAUGCACCAUGGAAUGCUUUAUGUUGUAUAAUUAAUUAUCAAGCUCUAAUAUCGAUAAUUAGAGAUUUAAAAAAGGAAUUAAGGUCGAAAUUCCUGCUCCAUAAUUUUCUUCUGAAAUAUGGCUUUAGUGGAUAUAUAUUAUAAAUAUUCGAAACAAUUUCUUCGUAUUGUACAUGAAUUCAAAGUUUAGGAGCACGGUGUGUCUAUAUAUAUUAUAUAUAAAUUUCAAUUAACGUCUUACUUCUUCAAGAUAAUGGACAUUAAGUGCAUUUUGUGUGAUGGGUAUUAAGACUGGGAGAAACGCGAUUUCUCAUUUGCGAAAGACUUUCUUAACACGUGAACUGUGUAUCCAGGAGGAAGAGUGCUGGAUGAAAUAGAGCUUAAGGAUCAAUGCAAAUGUUAAACGCUGGGUAUUUAUUUCCGCUUUUUAAAAUUAAUUUUCGUUUAACAUUUGAAAUUUUUUACAUCAUCUGAUAUAUACAACAUAAUAUUUUACAAAUAUGUAAAAUUUGAUUUGCAUCAGUGAUUUAAUUAAUAUUAGUAUCAGUUGAUACCAUGUGAUAUUUCUAUGGUGUCUUUGUACGAUAAAUACAGAGAUGAAUAACGUAGUCUGUAUUUGUAAUGAUCAAUUACUUAAAAUAUUCAGAACAAUAUAAUUAUUAUUUAUUUAUAGAUUAGUAGACAUUUUAUUUGCAUUUGAGAUUAUUUUUAAUGAUAUUCAGUUAGUUCUUUUUUCGGCAUAUGAUAGCAUGAAAUAAAUGUUUAAACGACCAAUUUAAAUGCAUCUUUUUACGAGUAGAAAAUUUUACAUCUUUGCACGUAAUAAAUAAUAUUAAAUAAAAGACAAAUUAGAAUUAAAAAAUUUAUUCUUGUUCUUUCCAAAAUUUAUGUUUCUAAGUAUUGCACGUUAAAUAUUAAAAAAGAAAAUAGAAAAGAAAAUCAAUUUAAAGACUGCAAUUUGCACGUUGCAGAGAAUAAUAGAUCUCACUUCAAGCGUUAUUUUAAAUCUUAUAGUUUUUAUGAAAAAGCUUAUAAAAAAAAGAUGGUCAGUUAUUAGUAAUAUUUAAAUAAAUAAAAUAUUUCAUGAUAAAGAUUUUAGUAAUUACUAUUGCUUAUUGCAAAUUUAAGUAGUUAAAUAAAAUUAAAGUAUUGAAAAAAAAUUAUGAAUACUUUUUACAUAGUUUAAAUUUUAUUAGGAUAGUGAUUUAUAUUUUAGUACUUUAGUAUUAUUAUCACAGAAUAUAAUACUAUUUAUAUUGAAUAUAAUUUGGCCAGGUAUGCUAAUAAAAUAAUGUAAUGAGGCCAUUAAGAAUCGAUUAUCUGUAAAAUGAAAUAUUUUAAGAAUACUUAAAUUCAACAAUGUCUUUUAAAUGCCAUUUAGUAGAUUUUGCGAGUAUCUGGCACUUUUCCAUCCAUGUCGAUAGCUUGCAAACCAAAGUAAUUGAUUUGCAGUGGCAAGAAUGAAAUGUAAAUUGAGCUAGGAAGGAUUGACAGAGUAAAAUUAUCUUGGAAAUGUUGAAAUAUUUUGGUAUUUUAUAUGAAGAUUCGCUGUGUAAAUAGAAAGUAGGAUUACUAAAGAAAGUAUUAUGCUAUGAAAAAUUUACUAUAAUAGUGUCAUUAUAGUAAAUAAUAUCUGACUGCUUAUUGUUUGUGGUAAAUAAUUAUGUUAUAUGAAUGUUGUAUUUAUUGCUAGCAACAUAAGUGGUGUAAUUAAAUUUUUAUCACAAAUUUAAUUCUCUUAUUUGAGAAAUAUUAUUUCAGCUAUUAAAUUUCUUCUUACAGUGUUUUAUUAUAAUUUAAAAAAGACAAAACAUGUAGAUUAUAUGAUUAUAAAGUACCAACAUUUGUACCACUUAUGUUAAGACAAGAUUGAACACUGAUUUAAUACUGAUUUAUCGCAAAAUGCAGCAAAAUUGUGCUUGAAACAUUUUAUGCUGACAGUCUAUUAAAUGGAAAGAAUUGUAACGAUCAUGUGUUCAAAGUAUGUCCAGGACAGUUUACUUUACCAUUUUAAAUAUCACUCUUGUCUUGUAUAUUACCUUUAGAUAUCAAUUUCUACAUAUUUAUUCAAAUGUUCCAUUCCAAAUAUAAUAAAGUCUAUGAAAUAGAAUUUAUUCGUUCAUCAUAAAGCUCUUGUAUGCAUGCACAUAGUGCACAAAGUGAUAAUUAAUUACUUUUUAAGUCUUAUUGUUAAAUGUAGUGUCACAUUUGAAUGCUGAAUUGAAGAUGAUUCUUAAAAUAUCUGCAAUAUUAAUAAGUUUUUUAAGAGAAUAUAUAUAGACAUAGCUUUAAAGACAAGAGAGAUGUUUUUUCAGGGAAUAAGAUUAAGCAGGUCAAUGCGUCAGUAUAUUUACACGUUUGUGUCAGCAGUUUAGUAUGCAAUUACAAUCAGUGCUUGAGCAAUCAAAUGUGAAAUUGUUUAAUCAAAUUGUAUAACAACAUGAUGGAGAAGUCUGGUAGGGUGUUAUUCAUGUAAAUUGGUAGGACUUGUAAAGGAAAGGUAUAUAAAGCAAUGUCUUCCUUGUAUUUGCUAUUAAGCAUGUACCAUUAGGAGAUAUUGAUAAUGUCGGCAUUUAAAUGAAAUUUUUGUAUAUUAUCUAACAUUUAAAUUAUGCUUGUUGUUUCAUUCAAGUUAUUAAUCAUUUUUCAUCUCUGUUAUUCAAUAGAUAAAUGUUCGUAACAUUGUUUUAUAUAGAUUUGUAAGUAUUUGAAUGCUUCUUGUUAAAAAGAUUGUUUCAGUAUAUCUUUUAAAUUGUACAGUACACAUUUUGUUCAUGUAAUUAGUAUGUUCUCAUGUUUUAAAGAUAAUUUUGGGGCAAAUGUAUAAUGGUGUGAUAUAGAUUACUAGAACCAAUGAAAGAUAAAAAAUCUAUAUGCUUUCUAGGCAUUCAAGAAUGUACAUUACAUGUAUAAAGAUAUUGGGUUGGCAAUUAAGUGAUUACGGAUUUUGUCAUUACCACCUAAUGAUGAAAUCCGCAAUCAUUUAGUUGCCAACCCAAUACACUACUAAUUUUUUAUACACGUAUGUUCUUUUGAUUUCAUUAAUGUGUAAACAUUAUUCCAUACAGAUUCCACAUAAGGAAAAGAUUGAAUUUUUAUUUCAAUAAUGUCGUAAAUAAUGACACUGCAAUGUUACCUGGCAAACUUUUAUAUUAUUGUAAAGACAAUAAUUUCAUUCAUGGCAUCAAAUAUGUAGUGCAAAACGCAUAUACAAGAACACUGACUAAAUGCAACAACAUUUACACUAACUAAACAGUGAAAGAGUAUUAGGAAAAAAAAAAGAGAAAAAUAAUUAUAAAUACUUCAUGGCAGACCAACUAUUAGGAAACAAAAAUUUAGGAUCAAGAAGAAAACAUAAAAAUUCAGAAACAUGUUACACAUGCAGAUUUUACAUAUCCAUGUUCUACUUAUGACCACGAAAUGUUAGAUUCUUCAGGAGUGUUUCUGUUGAAUGUAGUGCAUAGCUGAAAAUAUUUAAUUUUUAUUGAAUCUUCGUGUAUAUGUAUGCUGUGUGUAAAUUGAGCAUUAUGAAAUUGCAACAGUUGAUUUCAUGAAAAAGAUCUGUAUCUUCUAUAUUAAUAUUUUUUAUGGAAUCACCAAUAUUUCUGCUGUUCAAUUCACACACAAUAUAGAUUUCUAUAGCAGUAGGACAAAUAGUACAGCGAUAACAUGUACCUGUCCAUAUUGACCAGAUCAAUGGCUUUGCCUCUAUUUACGAAUGAAGAAUAUAAAAUUAUCUGAAAAAAUUACAAGAUUAUAUUUACAACUGUACAGAAAGCAAACAUUUGUUGUAUGUCUUGUAAUCUCUCAGAUCUUAUAUUCUAUACAAUUUCUAUUAUUUUCUAAUAACAAUAAUAUUAUAAUUAAUCCUGAGAGUGACAUUAAUAAAAUUGCAAUCAUUUAGUUAUUUUAUAAUUUAUUUCUUAAUGUAACAAAGGAAUGUUCUUGAGCUUGAAAAAUUAUUUCUACUGUCUUUAUUACUCUUUACGUAUAAAUAAUGCUGGAUUAAUUAGGAGAAAGUGCAAAAUCACUCUUGGGAUUUAUAGAUCAUGGAUUUUUACAGGUGCUCUUCCACGAUAUAAUUAAGUUAUGCUAUCAAAAUUGAUUUGGUUCUUUGUUCAGCUAUGUAUUAUGUUUUCUAUUAACAAUGCGUGUAAGCAAAAAAAAAAGAAUAUUUUAAGAGGCAAGUUGGUGUUGUAAGAAUGAUGAUACGACUUAGGGAGAAUGAGACAAAAGAAAAAAAGAGAUAUAUAUAUAUAUAAAUAUAUGAAUAUAUAUAUUUAAUAAAAAUGCUCUUCGGAGAAGAAAUGUAAGUUCAAAGAAGUUAAGGAUUAGCGUGAAUAACGAUGUCGUCGGGAUUUCGUUAGUUUGCGCCGUUUCGUGGGAGAAAAGGAGAGGGGGAAACUAUAAGAAUUGUCAAUACUGUCAAUAGCGCAUUAUUAACCAAAGCUUUAGCUGCGAAUAGAGACGAUGAUUUAAUGAGAAUAUUCUUGCAAACGAAAUCGUAGAAAGAGGAUGUGUCGUUGUCGCAUAAAUGAAUUUUUGUAGAUUUAAGUAGCAUCUCCAUGAGAUGCUGUAUAGAAAAGCAAAAGGAAAAAAGAUAACGAUCUCGUUAAAUUUCUUUCGUUCGUUUGCAGCAGCGUUUUCCAAUGCUUCUUACGAAGAAGACUUUUCAUAACAAUUAGACUGUGGAUUUUUAUGCAAUUAUGGGAUAUUCGAUAAUGUAAAAAUGCUCAGAACACACAUAAUAAAUAUCUUUUUAGGUUCCAUUUUUUCAGUUGUAGCCACAAAAAUUUGAAUUUGCGUAAACAUCCUCAGCCUAAUAAUGACGUCGUAUUCGUGUUUCACGGAACUCCUAAAUUUUAUAUAAAACCUAUGAUUGGUAUUUUCAUUAUUUUUUAUAUUAUAUAAAUAAAUUAUACAUUAAAGGAGUUCCUAAAAACUUCUAAUUGGAAAACACUGAUGUCUUCACCCUUUUGAUGCAGCAGAAAGUUGCACGAUCGGUCUCCAUUAUCCAAAUCAGUGUUGUCCUCAAACAAAGCUUGUUUUGUCUUCGCUGGAGUAUCGCUUGAAAUAAAGAGAUUAACGAACAAAAAUUGCGCGGGAAUAUUCAAAGUAGACGUCAGUAGAUGGCACUCCAGUAGCAUAACAGACCCAAGAUGGGGGAAGUCCCUUAAUCUGUGAAGCUUAACAGUGGACAACAUUGAUUUCAGUAAUUAGCAUAUGAUAAUCCUGUAAUUAAACGGAAAUGGAUGACUCGAGACGAUUUUUAUGUCAAAAGGAUCGUAUUUAACGCACUACUUUCCCUUGUAUCGUUAUACAAGAUGCUUUCUUGUUAGGUAAACGAAAUAACGAAUCUUAAUUUAUUCUUUAUAUUUAUAUUCGUAACCUCAACACUAACGGAGAUUUGAAAGAAGAAAAUUCUUCUAAAUAGAGACAAUUCUCAUUCGAGAUAAUACUAAACAAUUAAAUGUAUUAUAUAGUUACUACAGUUGUAUAUAAUGUGUAUAAUGAACGAUUAUUUCUUUUUCUUUUUCAGUUCACUGAGCUUUCUGUCUUUUAGUCAUUUUUCUUUCUUCUUUUUCUUCUUCCUGUAUUUUUUAUACACGUGCAGUAUUGCAAAGCUAAUUUAUGAACGUUAUGUAUCAUUUACUCUCGUAUCUGUAAACAUGACUAGCCGAAACUUCUUGUAAAUAGACAUUUCUCGUAAUAAAACCUACCUGAAGUAA